AUGGCAAGUAGUACCGAGCUCAACGGUUUUCUCACAUCCUGGUAUGACAAACUGCGCAGCAUGCAAAAACUUGCCAUGCCAGUUCACGAAACCACACUGCCUUCCCAAUUGAAGCCCCAUCCCGACGGCCACCAGCAGUGGAGCGGAUCGACCUGGAGCAAGCAGGUUUACACGACCGUUGAGGAUUGCCUUCGGACGUGGAUCAAAGAGGUCAAGGACCGUUGGGAUGCGUGA